AUGUCGGCCCUGGCAAAGAUCCGUGAGGGCCUCGCCCGUGAGGACAAUACCCCUGUGGCUCAUACUCUGGCUCCUCAUGAGAAGGAGAUCCAUGAGACUCCUGAGAUCGUCAGCGAGGCUGGCCCUGGUCAUGAUAAGGAGGCUACUGCUGGUGCUCUUCCUCCCGAUGAGAAGGGCAACGAGUCUGAUGUUCCCAGCGAGGAUGUCCAGACUGGUGUCAAGGAGAUCCAGGCCAUUACCCUCACUUGGGGAAAGGGAUCUCUGGCUGCUCUGCUGUGCCUCAUCUGGACUCUCUUCCUCAUCAGUGGUUUCCGCGGUUCAUUCUACCUUGUCCUAGUCCCCUAUGUCACCAGCGAGUGGCAGGCUCACUCUCUCAUGACCACCAUCCCCAUCGUGGCCGACGCCAUGACCGCAGCCUGCUACAUCCCCAUGGCCAAGGCCCUCGACGUCUGGGGCCGCGCAGAGGGCUUCCUCCUCAUGAGCGGCUUUGCCACUCUGGGCCUGAUCCUCAUGUCUGUCUCGCAGAACCUCCCUACCUUCUGCGCCGCCCAGGUCUUCUACUCUGUCGGAUGGGGAGGCAUGAUCUACGCCGUCGGCGUUCUCGCUGCUGAUGCCUCUAACCUGAGGAACCGAGGUUUGGCCUUUGCCUUUACCUCUUCUCCUUACAUGAUCACUGCUUUCGCCGGUUCCAAAGCUGCUGCUGCUUUUGUCGUCGAUGUCCAGAACUGGCGAUGGGGCUUCGGUUGGAUUGCUCUUGUCCUGCCCUGCGUCACUAUUCCUCUGUUCCUUGUCCUCAAGGUCAACCUGCGCAAGGCUUUCAAGAAGGGCACAGUCGUCAAGACCCAUCGAAGCCGUGGUUUCUUUGGAAGUAUCUGGUGGGCCUUUAACGAGUUUGACGUCAUCGGAAUCUUCCUCUUUGGUGGCGGUCUUGUCGUCUUCCUUCUCCCCUUCAACCUCGCUGCCCACGCCCCCAACGGCUGGAGUACAGGCUACAUCAUCGCCAUGAUCGUCGUCGGUUUCUUCACCCUCGUCUUCUUCGGCGUCUGGGAAUAUUGGCUCGCCCCUGUGCCUUUCUUGCAGGGCCGUUUCCUCCUAGAUCGAUCCGUUGUAGCCGCCUGCAUGAUCGAUCUGACAUACCAGAUCUCUUACUACACCUGGAACUACUUCUUCACCUCUUUCUUGCAGGUCGUCGUCAACCUCGACCCCGCCGAGGCUGGAUACGUCAACUCGACUUUCCAGGUUGUCUCUGGAGUGCUUCUCUUCAUCGUCGGCUUCCUCAUCCGAAAGACAGGCUAUUACAAGUGGACCUUUUACUUCGCUGUCCCCAUAUACAUCUUUGCUCUUGGCCUCAUGAUCCAUUUCCGUGCUCCUAACCAAUACGUCGGAUAUAUCAUCAUGUGCGAGAUCUUUAUCUCUAUUGGUGGCGCUGUCUUUAUCCUGGUUAUGCAACUUGCAGUCCUCGCCGCCGUGGCCCACCAAUACGUUGCUGCAGCCCUCGCUACUCUAUACGUAGCAGGAGGUGUUGGCGGUGCAGUUGGAGGUGCCAUCUCCGGAGCAAUCUGGACAAAUACCUUCCUCCCUCAACUUAUGAAGAGGCUCCCUGAGUCCGAACUGGCCAAUGCCCCUCUCAUCGCCGGCGCCAUUACGAGCCAGCUGGCCUAUCCUGUCGACAGCCCUGCACGUCUUGCUAUUCAGGAGUCCUACGGCUAUGCUCAAGUCAGGAUGCUUGCCGCUGGUGUAGGAAUCGCCUCUUUGUUCUUCAUCUGGGUCCCCAUGUUGAGAAAUAUUGACGUCAAGAAGCUGAAGCAGACCAAGGGUCUUGUUUUGUAA